UCUGGAGAAAGACAUCAAUAAAACGAUUKCAGAGGAUUAUGGGAAGGACAAGGUCAAGACGGAAGCUAUUGAUCUUCUCCAGAAAGUGGAAAAGUGCUGUGGUGCUUUAAGCUGGAAGGAUUGGGUUAUCAAUCCUAGCUACAACAUCACUAAAGUCCCUGAUUCUUGCUGUGUCGAWGAAAAGUCUGGUUGCGGGUCAUCGUUCUAUGAUCCUAAAAAACCGAAUGACUUGUCAAAGAUCUACACUACUGGCUGCUACACGAAGCUUAGUGCUCUCGUCAAGAACAAUCUGAAAACUGUUGCUGGUGUGGCUGUAGCAAUCUUAGUGAUCCAGAUUCUCGGCAUGGUUUUCGCAGUUUGCCUUAUCAAAAGAAUUGGACAUGAAGCCUACACAAGUGCUUAAAAUCUACAGUGUUUACAUAAUUCAACUCACGUAUCCAUAGACAAUUUCUCAAUGAUCUCCGCUCAGAGUGGGUUUUAUAAACCCGUGAAAUACAUGUACUUCAUUGAGMGUAUUUUGUUGGUAUACAGUCAACUCUGACUCCUUUGGUUGAAAUACGGCUACACUUUAUUUCACGGAUUUAUGAAACACACUCUAAUCUAUUUUUCUAUCACCUGCAAGUAUUGUACAAGAACGUAAUUGAGAAGCAUUUUCACUGAAUAAAGGCUGAGUAAGAGCUGUUGCUUUAAACCCUUUAAACAGUGCACUUUUAA